CUACCAGUGAUUUUGCAGGUUUGUAUGGUUGCAGAUUCACUUGUUGACCACCUCCCCUUCCUAGAAAAUGCAAAAUGCAUGUUGUCCCAAUCCGCGGGGUGUACGUUCUUGCCCAUCAAUGUUUUUUCGUGUGCCCGCUAGGAUCGCUAGUGAGGCGCUACUGGCUUUCCUGCGCUGCGUGCAGCUGAAUGAGCUCGCCGAAGUGAUGACGUCACGCACAGAGCCGCUGGAGGACCUCGGCCGCUAUUCAGAAUUCGUUAUUGCCAUGUCAAGCACGGUGGUGACUCAAAGUCCGCACUUGAUGGCGCCUCUGGUCAGAUGUCUGGCUUCCGACCUCUCCAGCAUGUACGAGGCCCAGAGGAUCGCCGCCGUCGCCUUCUACGGAGAGCUGGUGCGGCACCGGUGCGCCGGCAGCGUGCCGCUGAUCGAGACGCUGCUCAACAGCCUUGUGUCGCGUCUGAUCGACUCGUCGCCGGUGGUGCGCCGACUUUGUCUGCUGGGGCUCGGCCACAUCAGCUGCCUGGGACACCCGGGGGGCUUCGGUGUGGAUUACACGCAGCUGGUGGACCUGUUCGCGCAGCAAGUGAUGUCGGCCAUGCUGGGCGGCCUGGACGACCGCGAGGACGUGGGCGGCAGCAUCCCACUGCAGGCGAUGACGGCCCUGGCCGGCGUGCUGCGCGUCGUCUCGGAGCAGCAGGUCCAGCACACGCUCAUCCCCAUCACCAUACGGAUACGGGUCUACUUCGAAAGUGAGUCGUUGGCGCUGCGAUCGACGUCGUUUGGCCUGUUCGGCGCCUGCUCAGCCUUCUGCCAGGGCCCACUGCGCGAACCACCGGUGGCCGUGUUUGUGGGCGUUGCCUGGCGGGUGUCGUGA